AUGCAGCAAAUGGCUCUCCAAGAAUACGUUGAUCUCGCACGACAAGUCGAUAAACCCUUAGUGUUGCGCACUCUCGGUAUAGCUACUGUGUUCCUACUUGCGCUACAACUUCGGAAGGCCUUAAUCUCUAGCAAGAAGCUGAAAUCAAUUCCUACCGCGGGGUCAUCUGGUAUCAUCGGGUCAUGGAUAGACGCUUUCAGAUUCAUCUCUCACGCAAAGGAAAUCGUCGAAGAAGGUCAGAGAAUGUAUGGAUCAGUAUUCAAAGUACCCUUGCUCGAUAGAUGGACGGUUGUGGUAAGUGGAGCGGAGAAGAUUGAUGACCUUCGAAAGGCUUCAAUGGAUCAACUGGCUUCCAUAACCACGAGCAAAGACUUGGAUUAUACUUUUGGUCGCUUCACCAGGCUCGACCCUUACCAUCUGGACGUCGUACGAGGCGCCUUGACUCGUAACAUUGGUGUUUGCUUUGCGGACGUCCAGGACGAAAUCAAAGCGGCUUUCAAAGACAAUAUACCGAUGACUGAAGACUGGGUUGAGAUACCUGCAUACGAAACUAUUUUGCAAAUUGUAUGCAGAGCCAGCAACCGGAUGUUUGUCGGGCUUCCUCUCUGUCGUAACCGCGAAUAUAUCAAGCUCAAUAUUAACUAUACCAUUGAAAUCUUCGCCUUUGCUCGUAUCAUUAACCUACUCCCCAUGAUCCUGAAGAUGAUCUUAAGCCCUAUCUUCACUCCUCGUCGGCGCGGUAUAGCCAAAGCCGAAAUAUUCCUUGGCAAAACCGUUCGAGAACGAUUGCAUCAGGAGAAUGUCCAUGGGAAAGAUUGGCCGGGAAAACCAAAUGACCUCAUCUCGUGGUUGUUAGACAUAACUUAUGGUGAUGAAAAAAGGCGCACAGUGAAGAAUAUAUGUGCUAGGGUGCUCUCUCUGAAUAUGGCAGCUAUCCAUACAACGUCUAUGACGUUCACUACUGCCCUGUACACAUUAGCUGCGCACCCUGAAUAUGCCGAAACUCUUCGAAACGAGGUGGAAUCGAUCAUCAACGAAGAAGGAUGUACGAAAGCUGCAAUGGGAAAGAUGAAUCAACUCGACAGCUUUUUGAAGGAAGCUCAGAGAGUAUAUGGAACCAUGGGCGUUUUCGGAAUGCCUCGUACGACUCGGAAGGACUUUGUAUUUUCAGAUGGGACAGUAGUUCCUGCUGGAGUUCGAAUUGUUGUGGCCGCUUUGGCUACACAUACAAGCGAGGAGAACUACGAAGACCCAUUAGAAUUCAAGCCGUGGAGGUUCUCUGAAAAGAGGAAACAAGAAGGUGAAGGUAUCCGCCACCAUAUGGCCACACCGAGUCUGGAUUUCGUUUUCUUUGGCCAUGGACGGCCAGCAUGUCCGGGCCGCUUCUUCGCUGUGAAUGAGUUGAAAGCUCUCAUGACCCAGGUUCUCCUUAACUUCGACGUGAAGAUAGACAAGUUUCCCACAACGACGUGGUUCGCUACUAAUCAGAUGCUGAAUCAGAGCAGCAAGGUGUUGUUCAGGAAACGCGUGUGUACCCGGUGA